AUGGGAACUCAACCACGAGCCGACAACAACUUGGAGCCGCGGCUUGAGCCGAACAAAAUCGUCAUGGUGACCGGCGCAUCAUCGGGACUCGGUUGGGAGUUCUGUCUCGACUUAGCCAAAGCCGGAUGUCGAAUCAUAGCUGCAGCACGGCGCAUCGAUCCCCUUCACUUACUAUGCAAUCAGAUCAAUGAAAAGUUUCCAAUCACUUCCUCGGCUGGGCCGAGCCAAAUUCAAGAAAGAGCCGUCGCGGUGGAGUUUGACAUCGCUACAAACGAGCCAAAUAUCGAAGCUUCCGUAAACAAGGCUUGGGACUUGUUUGGAAGAAUUGAUGUUUUGAUCAACAAUGCCGGUGUAAGAGAACGCAUACAUGCGCCGUUAGAUCUAUCGCAAGAGGAAUGGGACAAGAUUAUUCGAACUAACCAAACCGGGACGUGGUUAGUAUCCAAGUAUGUGUGUCGACAUAUGCGCGAUGCUCAUCGAGGAGGAUGCAUUAUCAAUAUCAUCUCCCUUGUCGGCCUCAAUCGCGUGAUAUUUCCUGGUGGAGAUGCCUACGCUGCUUCUAAGACCGCCAUCAAUGCAGUCACCAAGAUAAUGGCAAGGGAGCUUGGACCGUACAACAUUAGAGUAAAUGCGAUUGCUCCCGGAUUGUUUGAAUCGGAAAUAACUGGUAAGCUGAUGGAGAAACGGGGGCUUGCGACUGCAUUGUCGAAAGUUCUCCCCUUGGGCUCUUUUGGGACAGUUAAUUCAGCGUUGGGACCGCUUGUGAGAUAUUUAAUUGGCGAGUCGUCUCAAUAUGUGACCGGAAAUGUUUUCAUUGUCGAUGCCGGUCUCACUUUAACCGGUGUCCCUAUUUUUUCAUCUCUUUAA